AUGGAGCUGGCGAUGGAGAACCUGGGCAGCCUGCACGGCGUCCCGCACUCGCAGUCCGCAGAGCUGCUGACGGCGCACGGGCGGCAGGGCUCGCACCGCAACCUGGUACCGCACGGCCGGCCCGCCAUGGUCUCGGGCAUGGCCUCCAUCCUGGAGGGGGGUGACUACCGCGCCGAGCACAGCCUGGCCGCCCCGCUGCACCCCGCCAUGAGCAUGUCCUGCGAGUCGCCCUCCGGCAUGAGCCUGAGCAGCACCUACACCACGCUGACUCCCCUGCAGCACCUGCCGCCCAUCUCCACCGUCUCGGAGAAGUUCCACCAUCCUCACCACCACCACCACCAUCACCACCCGCAUCAGCGCUUGGCCGGCAACGUGAGCGGCAGCUUCACCCUCAUGCGCGACGAGCGGAGCCUGGCCUCCAUGGGCAACCUCUACAGCCACUACCCCAAGGACAUGCCGGCAAUGGGGCAGCCCCUCUCGCCGCUGCCCAACGGCCUGGGCAGCCUGCACAACGCCCAGCAGCCGCUGGGCCCCUACGGCCCCGGGGGCCACUUGCCCAACGAGAAGAUGCUCUCGCCCAACGGCUUCGACUCUCACGCCGCGAUGCUGUCCCGGGGCGAGGGAGCACUUGGCUCGGGGGCUGGCGGCGCCCACUCGGCCAUGAUGCCACCGCUCAACGGGAUGCACCCGCCGGCCACCCGCACUGGCCCAGCCGGAGGGCCUCUCCUGGGGCGAAGCGGGAGCGGCAGGCCUGCCGGCCACCGGCUUCCCCAGCCCGGCGGCCUCCCGGGAGGUUGGAGGUAGAUCAACACCAAGGGAGGUGGCUCACGCGGAUCACUGGCCGACGCUGAAAGCGGCCUUACAGCGAUCCCGCCAGGCAUAUUCUUCGCUCAGAGGAUCGUGUGCCGCUCCCAGCGGGGACCCUGCUCGGACCGGCUGCGGAACCCCAAGCCCUGGAGUAGCUCAGAGUCAGGCCGGGAGAACCUUUCCGGUAGGAUGUGGAAAUGGCUUCUGGAAGUGCCUGAGAGAAGCAAGUUGAGCUCUGUCAUCCAGCAAGCUUGCAAACGCAAAGAGCAAGAGCAGCAGAAAGACAGGAGUCUGCAGCCCAAGAAGCAGCGGCUGGUCUUCACGGACCUCCAGCGCCGCACCCUGAUCGCCAUCUUCAAGGAGAACAAGCGCCCAUCCAAGGAGAUGCAGAUGACCAUCUCGCAGCAACUGGGCUUGGAGCUCAACACCGUCAGCAACUUCUUCAUGAAUGCCCGCCGGCGGUGUAUGAACCGCUGGCAGGAGGAGCCAGGCACCAACCCUGGAGUCCCCUCUUCUUCUACAAGCACUUUCUCCAAAGCAUGA